CCGAUUUCUUCUGGCGCUGCUUCCCUGACAGAGUGCCGGUGAGUGAGUUGUAUUCUGAACCUCAAUGACCUGAACCGUCAGAAACUUCAGAGUUUGCUAGCCUGUUUCUUUCUCUCGCCACAAUUAAUGUGACACCAAUCACGCCAUGAUCUCAUUGCUCAAUGAUUCGAUGCGUCGUAAAUUCAGAAGUACAACAACAUCACCACGCAAGCCAUAUGCCACGGAGACCCGGCCGUGAUCAAAGAAGGGCACAAGAGCUUCCCAAGUGGGCAUUCUUCAUGUAAGCGGCUGCCUGCAUCUCUGCGAGCCGUUUGCUGUGUGCAAGCAGCAUACCAUUUGGAUCCUGAAAAUUCCGGCUUGAAAUCAUUCCAGAGUCCUUCGCUGGGCUAGGCUUCCUGUUGUGGUACCUGGCCGGCAAGAUCAAGGCAUUCGACCGGCGCGGCCAUGUGGCCAAGCUCUGCAUCGUCCUCCUGCCGCUGCUGCUGGCGACCAUGGUUGCCAUCUCGAGGGUGGAUGACUACUGGCACCACUGGCAGGACGUAUUUGCCGGUGGAAUUCUCGGGUUGGUGGUUGCGUCCUUCUGCUACCUGCAGUUUUUUCCUCCACCCUCCGGGGAACAAGGAUUUUGGCCCCACGCCUACUUUGAUCACAUUCUUAACCCCGAGGGAGAGGGCCAAGUGCAGUCAACAACCAACUCGAGUCACCAUCAAUCACUAUCGGAAGUCUCAGUUGCAAUGGAAAUGGGGAACACGAACCAAGAAUUGGGUUCCAUGGAAGAAGGCCACCGAGCUCGGUGACCGACUGCCGCCGUGUUGCCGUUACGAACAGAACCGCGGUCCCUGACGAUCUGACGGCCGUGGACCGGCUAACCUGCCGUCAAGGCAAUUACGUCAGCUAGCAAAGACAACUGCCAAACAGCAGCACAAAGAUUAGUCGAUUAUUUUUUUUAAAAAAAAAGUUUAGUGGAUUGGUACGGCAAAAACAAACAAACACAUGGAGCAUUUGAUGGACUUGCCUUAAAGUUCGUGGACGAGAGGGUGGAUAAGGAUUCCUGCAGCACGGCAUCCCAAUCAAUUGGCUGCGAAUAUCUUACGGGAAUGUCAGCCUCU